AUGGGGCCGCCUGCGCCAAACCGAACCCUCCUCCGCAUCAACCUCCUCGAUCCCUCCACCAUCUGUCGACAAUGCACAGCUCAGCUUCGCCCCGUGCUGCGCGCACCCUCCCAUGCGCCACUCCUCGCACGCCGCGCCGUCUCGACAACUCCCUCUAGUCGCCUCAGCGCCAGCUACUUCCUCCCCAACAAUGCUCUCGAGCGCGCCGCCGCCUCGGCCGUCAAGGCCCGCACACAGAGCCAGAGCAGUCGAACGUCGGCCACUGUCACGAACGACUCGUCGUCAACAACAGCAGCAACAGCAAAAGGCUCGGCUUCGACAAGUCGCCUAGACGCAACACAGCCCCCGGUCAAUGCCGAACUACCACAUCGACGUCGCCAGGCUGCUCGGCGAGCCGCCGCUGCUGCUGAAGCAGAAGCUGACUCGGGCUCCUCCUCCUCCUCCUCCGCCGUCCUCCCGGCCCAAGAUGCCUCCUCGGCCCUCACCACAGUGGCCGCCAGCCAGCCGGCCCGCUCGCUGCGCCGCAUCCUCUCCGCCUGCCUCUCGCUGUCGAAGCCGAGGCUGACGGUGCUCGUCGUCCUGACGGCCAUGGUGCCCUACGCCCUGUUUCCGGUGCCGUCGUUCCUGUCGCCCGCCGUCACCGAGCUGCCGUCGCUCUCGCCGCUGACCCUCCUCUUCCUCACGACGGGCACGACGCUCUGCUCGGCCUCGGCCAACGCGCUCAACAUGCUCUACGAGCCGGCCACCGACGCCAAGAUGUCGCGCACCCGCAACCGGCCGCUCGUCCGCAACAUCAUCGCCCCGCGCGUCGCCCUGCUCUUCGCCCUCGUCGGCGCCGCCGGCGGCAUCGGCGCCCUCUACUUUGGCGUCAACCCCACCGUCGCCUUCCUCGGCGCCGCCAACAUUGUCCUCUACGCCGGCGUCUACACGCCGCUGAAGCGCGUCACGGCCCUCAACACGUGGAUCGGCGCCGUCGUCGGCGGCAUCCCGCCCCUCAUGGGCUGGGGCCGCCGCCGCCGGCGAGUCGGCCACGCUCGACGGCGGCUCCUGGCGCCAGCUCCUCUUUCGCAUCGGGCGGCGGCCUCCCUCGGCGGCUGGCUGCUCGCCGGCCUCCUUCGUCGCCUGGCAGUUCCCCCACUUUCAUGGCCCUCUCCUGGUCCAAUCCGCGACGAGUACCGCGCCGCCGGCCUGCGCAUGCUCGCCUGGACCAACCCCGCCCGCAACGCCCGCGUCGCCCUGCGCUACAGCCUCGCCUUUGCGCCCCUCUGCUUCGCCCUCUGCGCCGCCGGCGUCACCGAGUGGUCCUUUGCCCUCACGAGCCUGCCCGCCAACGCCUGGCUCACCUGGCAGGCCUUCCGCUUCUGGCGCGCCGCCGGCCACGCCGGCACCGCCCGCGGCCUCUUCUGGGCCAGCGUCUGGCACCUGCCCGUCGUCCUCGGGCUCGCCACCCUGCAGAAGAAGGGCAUGUGGAGCCGCGUCUGGGCCUCGCUCUUUGGCGCGCCGCACGACGACGACGACGAUGAGGAGUGGGAUGAGCUCGACGAGACGCCAGCCCCGCUGCUGCCGCCUCGCAAGGCGUGA